ACCUGCUGAGCCACUCCAUGAUGAUGACAUCAAGCAUACCCACAUGCAGCUGUGUUAAUGUGUGUUUGCAGUUAUACCAGGCAGAGUUUGCUCUCUGAAUCAGGGUGCAAGGCAGAUUCUGGGUGCCAGCAAUGAGCCCAGGAGCACUAAACUCUUAGUUUAAAGUUUACUUAGUUUAAACCCUACUCUUGUAGGGCUUAAGAGGGACCAGGUUCUCUGGUGGUGGGGGGCAGGAAUGACCUUGGGGCUGGUGCCAGGGGAGAGCAGGGGCAGUGAGAGUGGAGGUUCCCCGUCCAUGGGGAAUGCAGGCAAUGCAUGGCCUCCACUACUCUUUGCUCCUCAUAGUCUGUCCAGUUAAUGAGUGAGCUUUGAGCAGCAAGGGCUUUGCACAGUCACAGCUGUGGUCAAUGCCCUGUGACAAAACAUGGGCAUUCCCUGCUUGUGGUGCUUUGGGAAGCUUCCCACCCACAGUGGCAGCUCUUAAUCCCUGCCAUCCUUGUCCAGGUUGCAGGAUUCAGCACCAAGACUCCUACCAGCAUUGGGUGUGUGGUAGUCCUACAUCAGAGGCAUCCUUGGCAUGGGCACAUUGUCCAUGGAUGGGAAUGUCAGGACAUGGGGGCACCUAUGCAAGGGUUAAUGGGCUCUAGAGCCUGAUGGCAAGAAGGGUCUGGGCUAGGAGAGCCAGAUUGCACCUUGAGUGGGUGGGGAUGCUUCAAGUAUUUGUAGAAAGGAGCUCUGGCACAGUCCAGUCUGUACUGAAAGAAGCAGGGGUGGAUGCAGGGGCCUGAGUGAGACCCAGCUACAGGCAGUUGGUGCUGUGACAAUGUCCAGUUCCUAGCCAGGGGUGGUUGUUACCUGGCCCUUAUGGUGACAUCCCAUAGUGACACUUGCAUUCCUAGCUGUAAGGGCAGGUUACUCACCAACUCAGGUUAAUGGCUAACCCUAGGGCAGCUUCUGCAGAAGGUGGAAGUUCAGCCCUGUAGGGACUGCGUGGAUUCCUCAGGGGGGUGAGACCCUGCCCUGCAAAUUGGGUGGCAAUGAGGGGAGGCAGCAGCAUGAAUGGGGGCCGCCAUCCAGUGACUGGUGCUGGGAGCCCUGCGCUCACAUCCUGCUCCUGGCCAAAGAUGUGUUCCUGGAUGCUGAGCUGCUGCUUAGCCCUGCAGCAUCUUGCCGUGCAGGCUUCCCUGCUCUGCAUUUUCCACCUAUUAUUGCUGCCUGCCCUGUCUGAGGAGCAGCUUCACGCCCCAGCUGCCAGUGUGCUGCUGGCACGCAGCCUCUUUGCCUGUGGCAUCUCCACGUUGUUGCAGACCACCCUGGGAAGUCGGCUGCCACUGGUCCAAAUCCCAUCAUUUGAGUACCUGGUCCCUGCCUUGGUGCUGAGCUCCCACCUGUCACUUGGUGUCAGUGAAGAUGAGAAUGGCAUGGCUGUGGCCACCAUGUGCCCUGAACCACACUGCACCAUCACAGAGAGCAGAGCUGCCUCGCUGCAAGAGGUAUCUGGGGCUGUGCUGAUCUCUGGGCUGGUCCAGCUGGUGCUUGGAGCAGUGGGUGUAUGCGGCUGGGCAGUGCAGCGUUGUGGGCCCAUGGUCCUGGCCCCCAGCCUCUCUAUCAUCGGGCUGUCUGCCUACAAGGAGGCUGCUUUCUUCUGCUCUGCCAACUGGGGGGUAGCUCUGCUGCUCAUGCUCUUCACCAUCACCUUCUCCCAGCACCUGGGAUCCUGCCGCCUGCCCUUCUGUGCCUGGCCCUAUGUCCCAGGGGUCUCCAUGGAGCCGUCUGUUCCCACCUUGCGCACUCUCUCGGUUCUCCUUCCAUUCGCCAUUGUCUGCACCAUCUGUUCUAUCAUCCACCACUUCCACGUCUCCUGGGACUUGCCAGACUUGGCAACAGCACAGCUUUCUUGGGUCAACAGCACCCUUCACACACCAUGGCUUCAGCUGCCCUAUGCAGGUGGGGUUGCAGGGCUGGGUGCAGCCUUGGGGUCAUCCCUUGGCAAUGUCACUUGUUCCCUCUCUACUACAGGUGAGUGGCCACUGCUCACACCCCGAGCAUUGGCGGUGGGCAUCGCCAUGGCCUUUGGCUGCAGCAUUAACUCUGUGGGCUGCUAUGUGCUCUGCGGGAAGCUGCUGCGAGCUCCCCAGCUGCCCCCUCACACCUGCAACCGAGGGCUGUGCAUUGAGGGGCUGGGCAGCCUGCUGGCAGGGCUGCUGGGCUCUGCAGGGGGCACGGCUGCCAGCAUCGCCAAUGCCUGUGCCGGUGGCCUCACGCAGGAUGGCUCUCGUCUCUCAGUGCAACUCAAUGCGUUGGCGUGUGUGAUGCUGGGCAUGUCCCCGAGGCUGGUGGGGCUCCUUGCUUACAUCCCUCUGGCAGUUCAUGGUGGUGUGCUCUGCGUCACCUAUGCCGUGGCUGUGGGCAUGGGAAUCUCCUACUUCCAGUAUGCGGACAUUGACUCUGGGAGGAACAUCUUCAUUGUCGGCUUCACCAUGUUCAUGGCACUGCUGGUGCCACGGUGGCUCAGCGUGGCUCCAGCUCAUCUGGUCACAGGCUGGGUUCCCUUGGACCUUCUCUUCCUCUCCCUGCUCGUGAUGCCUGUCUUUUUAACCGGUUUCUUGUCCUUCUUCCUGGAGAACACAGUCUCAGGCACUCUGGAGGAGAGGGGGAUGCUCGCUGACAGUGUGCAGCGGAAACCUGGGACCAGUUCUGGUCAGCCCUGGAGGAAGGGGAGCAAAACCAGCCCUGUGUAUGGGCUCCCCACCUGGCUGAGGAGGCUGCUGCCCUCUUCCUGCAAAGCCUUCCCCUGCUGCUUCCUCUGUCCGAUGGAGUGCUCCAAGGAGCUGGAGAGCAGGCUCCUGACCCAGCCUUGGGCUUCUGUUUGCUUUGGCGAGUCUGCUUUUAUUGCCAAAGCUUGCUUCGGGGAUACGGGCUACGCGCUGCUGAUCUCCGACCUCAGCGGUGUCUGGUACGAGAGUGCCGACACGGAGGCUGUGGGGCAAAGGUCCAAGGAGCUGAACAAGCGGCUGACGGCCCCCGUGUCCUCCGUCCUGCAGCGCCUGCACGUUGUGCUGAGCCCCGUGCUAGCAGGGCAGCCGCACGCCGCCACGUCCUUCUCCUGCCAGCGUUCGGCCGACGGGCUCAGCCUGCGAGUGAGGAGCGAGCUGUCGGGGCUGCCCUUCUACUGGGACUUCCGCUGCAGCCCCGCUCCCGUGGCGACGGUGUGCCGUCACCUUGUGCGUCCCCUGAUACAGAUGAGCCUGGCUUUACAGCACCAGGUGCAAGAGCUGACCUCCAUGCUACUCCGGAAGGAUGCUGAGAUCGAAGACUACAGGGAGAGCGGGGCCACUUUGAGCAGAGAUCGCCUGCGAACAGAGCCCUUCCAGGAGGAGAAGUUUCUGCAGAACUUCAUGGCUGAGAGCCUGCCCCAAAUCUGCAGCGCAGGAGAUGGACACGCAUUCACCUCUGCUCUGCGGCAGCUCUACAUGGAGGUGACGCUGCAGGAGGCCAAGAAGGCUCGGAAAAGGCAUCACCCAGAGGACAUCGAGGACCUGGCGCCUACUGCAGAAACCUCAGGGCACCCCGACCCGGCACCCCAGUCCCCAGCGGACAAAACAGCAUCUUUGAGUGAGGAAGCCACGCCGACCUCCUCCCCGGUGCAGAAGCCCCGGCUACCCAUGGCCAAGGCCAAGCCGAAGAAGGCAAAAGGGCUCUUCAGCUGAAAGUCUGCUGCUGCCGUCCUGAGGGUCUCUGCUCCUGCAGCACCUGUGAGAGGCUGUGUGGAUCACCACAUGUCCUCUGUCUCAUCUACAUCUCCCCGUGGAUCCUUCUGGGGUCAUUCCCCACUGCUGGGGAGAUGGGGUUUCUUGUCUGCCUGCUGAUAUCUCAGGGAACCCUUUGGUGCUUCUGCCCAGAUGCAGAUCCCAGGCUGACUGUGUGGAGCUCCUACUAGACUUGGGGGUAGUAGGAGGGAUGCUGCCACGUGGGUGCCAAAGGCAGAUGCUGCAGGACUCUGGUGGGGUUUGGCUUUGGGUGGAAGACAGUGCAUCCUGCCCUUAUGUCAGCUUGCAAUAAAGAGCUGUGUCUGGGUGACA